AUGAAAGAAGAGACUUUGAAUGAUUCCCACUUGGGUGAUCCCACCGACACUAUUACUACUCGUAGUAUUACCAAAGAGGUAGACGACCGAAAACCGGCGGCCAAAUUUGAGAGUGACAGUCCUUACGCCGAUGAAAUCCAUGGUGGCCUUUCUAAGGAAUCCCAGGAAAAAGGAGAUGACGGGGCCACCUAUGCAACGGUCCCAAAACCAACUCAAGAUCUCAGCGACGAUAAAAUCAAUGAAGCUACCAAAAUGGAAAUACUUGAUAAUGCAGCUGAUGCCAACACCAACACAAAUGAUGACGUUCUUUUUGUGACGGAAUAUCAAGAUAACGGACCAGGAUAUACGGCAGAUCACCCAAUCUUGCUCCGAAGAAACCAGAUGCGUCCGCCAUCUCAGCCAGGUGCCUUCAUGGGUGCACCAGGAGAAGAUCUGCAACGGACCUCCUACUUAAAUUAUGCCCUCUUUGGUGCUAGUCCGGGCGCUAAUAGUGGACCAGGAGAUUCUCUCCGUGUUGGUUCUGCUACAAAUCAAGGGUUGGUACAGGCGAAUGCCGUAGACGAUGAUACGGCCAAUUUGAUGUAUGCCAAUCCGGUUGAUCUGGAAGAAGCGGCCCAGCAUCGGGCACUCCAAAGGAAGCAGCAACAGAAUAAUUUCUUGGCAGCAGCUCUUUGGUUGUUCCUGGUUGUUGCCAUUAUUGUAGGAUUUGUCGUGGGAGCCCAAAAGAACAAGGAGCCAAAAGUGGUGGUCCUCGAGUCAACCGAGGCUCCCACAGUUUAUGGUUCCAUGACUCCUUCGGAAGUGCCAUCCUCCGCCCCCACUAGAGCUCUGGAUUUUUUGUUGGAUAGCCUACCGGACUACACUUUGGCAAGCGUCAACAAUGGCAGUGAGACUCCGCAGUGGAGAGCAUGGUGGUGGCUUUCCGAACACCAAAACAUCACAUUUCUUCCAGAAUGGAGAAAGACACAACUGUUUGCUCUGGCUACCUUCUUUUACUCAUAUGAGGGAGAAAAUUGGAAUCCUCUCAUAAAGGAGCGUUGGAUGGAUGAUACUGUGGAAGAGUGUGAAUGGUUCUCCAACGGGUUUGGGUUCUUCUUUAGGGGGGCGUACUAUGAACGUCAAACCGAUGGUGGCCUAUUUACACGUCCCUGCAACAGCCAAGGACACUUCACAUCUCUGCAUCUUGGGGGCCUGGAACUCAUGGACCAUUUCGCUUCCAUACCACCUGAGAUUCUGCUCUUGACUUCCUUGUCACUUGUAAACUUGUACAACAAUGGCAUUGCUGGACCAAUUUCAUUGCAGUUACCCACCGAACUUUAUGAGUUGACUGAUUUGAGAUCUUUAUGGAUGUCAAGGAAUCAGUGCACUGGUAAAAUUCCCUCUGAAAUUGCACUAUUCACUUCAUUGUCCUACCUCAACUUUGGACAGAGUCAGUUGUCAGGCCAAAUUCCCUCCGAGAUUGCACUAUUGACUUCAUUGUCGGACCUUAGCUUUGGAGAGAAUGAUUUGACUGGUCAAUUUUCUUCUGAGCUUGGGCUCCUGACCUCAUUGACCAAUCUUGACCUUCAUGCGAACAAGUUGUCGGGCAAAUUUUUUUCAGAGCUUGGGCUCCUGACCUCAUUGCAAAAGCUUAGCCUUUUUGCUAACAGGUUGAGUGGUCCACUGGCAUCAGAGCUUGGGCUCCUGACGUCAUUGUACUCGCUAGAACUUAAGAGUAAUCAGUUUACCGGGCCAGUUCCUUCUGAGCUUGGAAAGGCGACCACUUUGUUUUGGUUAGAGUUGAAUAAUAAUCUCCUCACCGGUCAAGUUGCUUCUGAGCUUGGCAUUUUGAAGGCUAUGCAGGUCCUGUUGUUCAACGAAAAUGGAUUGACGGGGACAAUUCCUUCAGAGCUUGGGCUCCUAACCUCAUUGAUAUACCUGCAUCUUGCUGAUAAUCAGUUCACUGGUCCAGUUCUUUCUGAGUUUGGAGCAUUGACUGCCUUGACUACACUGCAGUUGAAUGGCAACCAGUUCACUGGCGCAGUUCCCAGGUAUCUUUGGCUCCUGACAUCGUUGCAAAAGCUUGACCUGUCCGCCAAUGAAUUAUCUGGAACAAUCCCAACAGAAAUUGGAAUGAUGACACAACUGACAUCCCUGGGUCUUAACAACAAUAACCUGACAGGAACACUGCCCAGCCAACUGAAUGCAUCAAUGGGAUUGAGGCUUCAUGGCAAUUAG